GAAACGGACUACUCAAGGGCUUCCGUUCAACCAACGUCCUGAUUUCACGCACUGCCAGUCUGCGAGCUAGUAGCCACUCGAUUUUGAACUUUGUAAAGUGCAAAAUCACACUCAAAACCGAGACCCGACAAUUAUGGCUCUAAAACUACCCGGCUGGUCGAGCGCGGUCACGGUGGUCCCUCGGACAAGCAGUAGACGUGUGAUCUCCCACAAUAUGACCAACUGCCAUUCAGCGCGCAGAAUGUCUACCGUUGCUGCAGACACCGCAAGCAGUGAUCUCCCACUGUCAGGAAUCCGAGUUCUUGAGCUUGGACAACUCAUUGCUGGUCCCUUCUGUGGCCAAUUGCUGGGACAUUUCGGUGCAGAGAUAAUCAAGGUUGAACCACCUUCAACAGGAGACCCACUACGAGUAUGGCGCGAACUUGAUGUUGACGGAACAAGCCCUUGGUUCCGAAGCCUCGCGAGGAACAAGAAGAGCGUUGCUAUUGACCUUAGGAAACAGGAAGGAAGACAAAUCGUGAAGCGGUUGGCUUUAAGAAGCGAUGUCAUAGUCGAAAACUUCAAGCCUGGAACCCUGGAGAAAUGGGGUCUCGGGCCACAGGAGUUACACAAGGAGAAUCCAUCCUUGAUCUUCACCCGUGUCAGUGGAUAUGGCCAAACAGGUCCAUGGGCUUCACGACCAGGAUAUGCGUCCGUAUGUGAAGCUGAGUCCGGAUUUCGCUUUAUAAAUGGACAGCCAGACCCGGAUACCGGACUGCUUUUGGGACCUCCAACAAGACCCAGCAUUAGUCUUGGUGACUCUGUCGCUGGAUUACACGCAGCAUUUGGCACUGUGCUGGCAUUGUUGUCGAAGCAGAAAAAGGCUUCAAGAGGGGAGCGAGGUGGCGAGACGGUAGAUGUGAGCAUUAUGGAAAGCAUGUUGAACCUGAUGGAAGGUAUAGUUCCGGAGUAUGACCGUAAAGGCAAGGUCCGCGGACCGUCCGGUUCGUCGGUGACCGGCAUAGUUCCUACUAACGCCUACCCCUGCCUCCCAUCACCAUCAACACCUACUUCGCCAACAUACAUCAUCAUCGGCGCAAAUGGAGACACCCUCUACGCACGACUUAUGCGUGCCAUUGGCCGUGAAGACCUCAUAGGACCGUCGUACGCCCACAAUCACCAUCGCGUCGCACGGCAAGGUGAGAUCGAAGAAGCCAUUUCAGCAUGGACCAGUCAGCAGCACGUUGAGGAAGUUCUGACAACUCUCGAGGGCGCUGGUGUACCUGUCGGACGUGUCGUCGGCGUGAAAGAGAUUGUGGAAGGCGAACAAGUAAAGGCCAGAGGAGCAGUGGAGGACGUGGAGGUUGGUAGAGAUGGAGAGGGAUGGAAUGUAAAGAUGCCCAGAGUGUUUCCUGUGCUCGAAGGCUGUGACGCGAAGACCAGAUGGGCAGGGCCUGACCUGGGUGCACAUACAGAAGAGGUCUUGGGAGAAUUACUAGGAUUGAGCGUUGAAAGCAUCACCCGGUUGAGAGAAGAGGGCGUUAUCGGUUGAAGGAGUUAAGGCGGGUAUCUUCUGCAGUAUAAUUACAUCUGCGCUUCCCCAGCGUCCCUUGCUCCCUGCGUCAAUGGAAGUGGACCUGGUCGAAUCCUAAGGCCUAAGUGAGCAGCCACAAUAGAUGCGUCACUGGAGGAGUCAAACAUUCGGUCUAAACGAAUGGUCAUCAUCAGGAUCAUGAUGAGCUGAC